CGCUACUGGUUGUUCACAAACACACACACCACGCAAGCACGUACGCACGUACACAUACACUUGGAGAGUAUAUGCACAAAGACAACUGUGUGUUGACAAUUUAUGCGUGUAUAGUCAGGAUUCUAACUAAUAUUCCCCGUAGAGUUGGCCAGUAAAGAGGAUAUUCAGUUAAGAGUACCUGUAACCAGUUCACAACUAACGUGUACAAGACAAGAGAAUAGAGGAAACACACACACACACUCACAGACGCACACGCCCACACAUACACACUCCGGGAUUUUGUUUCAAUUAACAAAGAGGAAUAGAUUUCGUUUUUCGGCUUUUCCUUGAAAAGAAAUCUUUUACUGCUACAAUAAUAAUAACAACAGUUACAAGCGUAAAUUGUCUCUGGAGAAGAAACAGAAGAAGAAGAAGGUGACAGUGGCGACCAAGACGAAAACGACGACAAAUAAGCAGAGAAACGAAUUGGUUCAACAGACAUGUCAAGUUGGCAACGUCUAUCAGGAUAUUUAAACUCAAAGCCUACUGGACCCCCGCUUGUGAAUAAUGCAUCGGAUAUUGCAGCAUAUUUUGAAUCCGCGUUUAAAAGACUAAAAGGUAGUCAACGUCAAUGGUAUGUUUUUGAAGAGUCGACUUUAAAACUGUUGGCUUAUCGAAAUGAAUUAGAAGCGGCUAUACCAGAUAAAGAACCUUUAAAAGUGAUCAAUAUACAUGGAGCUGUAUUUCAUAUUGAUCCUGCUGAACAUAAUCAGUUUAGUAUUAUGUCAGAUGGAAAGGAGCAUAUUCUUCAGGCUGAAACAGAAGAAGCUAUGCUACUUUGGCUUCAUGUUCUACAGACAAGAAGAAAUGAAGCUGUUCAGACAAGCACACCGAGUACACCGGUUACAAAUGAUGACAGUUUAUCAGAUUAUAAAAUAUUUCGACAAAGUUCAAUGAUUAAAAUGCAAACACCGAUACCAACAAGAAUGUCCACCUCCUCGCCAUUCGAUACAAAUGAUCUAAACAUGAGUGGAUCUUUGCGAUCAAGUAGUAGAUCAUCAAUGUUAACAAGACAAGAUUCCACUGAUAUUUCCAAUGAGAUGGUAACACCUGACUAUGCAUCCCUAUCAUUUCAUUCAUCCUGGGUGUCAAACAAUGAAAGUGUAACCAGACCAUCACAAUUAAAUCAUAUUAAUAACGAUAAUAAUAACAAUAAUAAUAAUAGUAUGAAUAUGAAUAUGAAUAACAAUAUUAGUAGAUCACAGGCUCGUUUUUCAUUGUCCAGAUCACGUUCAUAUGAUGCAGAAUUAUUGAAAAGACACUCCACGACUAAUGCUCCUAUUACGACUAUCAAUAAUAACAUUAAUAAUAAUAACACUAAUAGUAGUAAUAAUAGUAAUAAUAAUGAUAGUAAUUCAAUUGAUAAGUCAGCAAUUACAUCAUUGCGUCAAUCCAAAUCCAAUUCUCAUUUACACAGUCGAAUGGAUCAAUCACCUAAAAGUAACUUUCGUCGGGGUAUUUUGACUGCACCAAUUGAAGAAGAGGAUAGUGAAGACGCCAUCAAUGAUGAUAAGUCAAACGAAAAGAAAUUAUCAGUGAAAAAAACUAGUGAAAAGAAUGAUAAUAAAAAUAAUACUAAUUUAAUAUACGUAAAUGGCAAAGAGGAGAAUAACAUUUUGGAGAAUAAAUCGGCAAUAAACCAAUCCACAAAUAAAACUAUGCCUAAACGAGAACUAGUCACCGAAAGCAAAGUAUUUUCAGUCGAAGAAAUUUACCAGCAAGAUGGACAAAUGACAAAUGCCACUUUUACGGGAUCUGAGAAAAAUGACAAAAUAAUCAAACGGAAGAUUUCAAAUACGACGCCAAACAGUGAUCUUGGAGAAUCAACCAUUUCGAAGAGAGGAGAGAAACCUAGACGAAGUUUGAAGAAAACAACCUCACUUUCUGAUUCUGAUGUUCAAGAAUUGGAACAAAAUGCCCGGUUUUCAAGACAAAAUUCCUUACCUGAAAGUUAUUGUACAAAUUCAGUGUUAGCCAAAUAUCAGAGUUCGAUAAUUCUUCAAAGUCCUUUAAACUAUAAUGAUAAUGAUAUGGAUUAUGAGAGUACAUGCACUCAAAAUGGUUAUGUAAGGGAAUUAAAAGCUCAACUGCAAGCUGCAUUGGAUCGUGAAGCGUGUCUACGUCAAAUGUUGGCUAGUCGAGAGGCAGGUAUGCGAGAAAUUGAUCAAAAAGUAGAAAGUCUAGAAAACACUGAAGUCAAAGGCAAUCUAUUCACACUACCAAAAAAUAUUUCAGCAACUAAAUUACGCGAUAUGAUCGAAGAUUAUGAUCAGAAGCAGAGAAUAUUGAAUAGAAAAAAUCAAUUUCUGAUUGCUGAAAUACGCGAAUUGGCUACAAUUAAACACAUGUUCACUGAUCAUGCUAAUAAAAUGACAAAAUAUAUUCAACGAUUAAAUAUGGAAGGCUGUAAAUGGAGACGGGAAUAUGUGAAAUUAUUACAAGCUUGCCUUGGCGCGACACAAACGGAUCCACACCAUAGAUUGAUGUUCAGCGAUUAUGGUAAAGAUAGAUACAAGGCUUUAAUCGGUGAACUUUUGGAUGAAGCAAGACGUAAAGAUCCAAGUUUACCAUCGAUGAUUAAACCAAAGAAUGCAGAUUACCAUGUCGACUACUAUGGUUUUAAGCAUAGCUACUUAAAUGAGACGAGUAUCAUUCAUUAUGGUUGUCAACAAUUGUAUGAUUUCUAUACACGUCAGCUAUCUGGAGCUGAUGAGAAUGUUAUGCGUUGGACUGAAUUAUUAGCACAAGCAAACAGAGAGCUUACAAGAGCUGAUCUAGAAGGCCUCUGUCGUGCGGGUGUACCAAUUCAAUAUCGUGAAGGUGUAUGGCGUAUGCUGAUUCAUGGGGAAUUACAUCAGUUAAUGCAAAUCAAAGGUCCAUUGUAUUACAAUGGACUAUUAGAAGAGUUUAGUGAGAAUACGCUUGCAGCCCAACACAGACGUCAAAUUUCAUUGGAUUUAUUGAGGACAAUGCCAAAUAAUGUACAAUUCGAUAAUAUUGAUGCACCAGGCGUUCAAAAGUUACAAGAAGUUUUGCAGGCUUACAGUAUACAUAAUUCUAAGAUUGGAUAUUGUCAAGGCAUGAAUUUUCUUGCUGCAGUUGCACUUUUAUUCUUAAAAAAAGAGGAUGCUUUCUGGUGUCUUAUUGCUAUUUUGGAAAGAUUUCUGCCAGAAAAUUAUUUCAAUUCAGGUUUAAUUGAUGCUCAAGUUGAUCAACUUGUACUUAAAGAGAUUGUGAAUGAAAAAUUACCUCGACUUUCAAAUCAUCUAAAGCGUAUGGGGAUUGAUAUUUCUGCGGUUACAUUAAAUUGGUUUUUAGCUGUAUUCUAUGAUUCUGUUCCAUUCGAAACAUUAAUACGAAUAUGGGAUGUAUUUCUUCUAGAAGGUUCAGAGUCAUUAUUUCGUUUCGCUGUUGCUGUACUUAAACGUAAUCAAGAUAUGCUUUUAGAACAAACUGAUACUAUCAGUUUUUGGAAGUGUCUUAAAGCAGCAACACGUUUAACUUAUGAUGUUGAUGGUUUAAUUAAAACAGCUUUCGAAGAACUUCGACCAUUUCCUAAACCACAGUUGAUUGCAGCUCGUCGAGCAUAUCAUUAUGAUAUACUAAGCAAGAAAAUGUUUGAAAAGAAAGGCUAUUGGCAAAAUGUUAUGAAGGAAUCGGCUGAUGAAUACGCUACUGAUAAUGGACAUCGAAUUAUUCAACGUAAACGAUCGAACAAAGAAAGUCGCGCCGUUAUUCAAGCUAUCACAUUUUAUGAUGAUGAACACUUGUGGAUAUGUCAUGGCGAUAAAUCAUACAGUCAGAUAUCAGAAGUUGUUGUACCAACAAACUGUAUGCAGAGUAUCGGUUAUGAAUUAGACUCUCGUGUUAGCUGUAUUUGGGCAUUCAGUAAUGAAAUUAUUCUACUCGGAAUGAUGUCAAAACAAUUAUGCGCUUAUUCAGUUAGUCAAAAUGCAAAACUUUGGCAAAUUCCUAUCCAUGACAGUGUCAUGGAUUUAACUUCUGCUUACUUUCCGCAUGAUCACACGAAUAAAGUAUACGCUGGCUUAACAAAUGGUGAACUGGUUGUUAUAGAGAAUGUUGGAUAUGAAGAACCAUUAGAUUCUCUCUACUACAUUACCAUCAGUUUUAUACCAAUUUCUUCUGUACUAUUAGCAAGACAUCAAUUAUGGUGUGCCAGUGGCAAUUCUAUAUUUAUAUUUCAUGCCAAAACAAUGGAUUUUUACAAACAAAUCAGUAUAUCGAAUAAUCCAUUGGAUGUAAUAUUAAAAUUAUGCUUAGAUGAGCAUGGUAUAUGGAUUGCAGUUCGUGGAAGUUCAGUAAUUGAAUUAUGGGAUCCAAACAGACUGACACGUAUUCUUUUAUUUAAUAUUGCCAAUGAAACUUACCUUAGUCGAAGACCUGAAGAAGAGUACGCAUUUAACCAUCAACGUGUCACUGUUAUUCUCUCCUAUGAAGAAACAGUAUGGAUUGGUACUGGUAUGGGCGAAGUGUUGGUUUACCAAGUGAAAACAUAUGAAAAAUUAGAAGAUCAGAAAAGUCCUGCAGAGGUUAAGCUGUCUAAGAGUAAGCGUUCAAUGUCAUUUAGUAAUGAAAUGGAAGUCAAUUCUGACAGAAUGGGUAAAUCAUUAGCAGAGAAUAAACGUUGUCCAUCGAAUCCAGAUAUAAGUCCAUCAAGUGAAUCGAAUGCACCAGAACCGCUAUUUUAUCCAUUACGUCAAGACUCGUUAAUACUUGAUGAAGUGGUCAAUUUAAGUUAUGUAUAUAAAAUGAAUAAAAUUGUACGCAGUAAAGUAUCAGAAACACCUGUACGAUUUCUGGUUAUGAAAAAAAUUACAGAUAGUAAUACACUCAUAAUUUCUUGUUCAACCUAUUUCAAUGAUGAUGAUGCUGUGCUCAAAUGGCAACGUGAUAAAAAUGAUUCAUCUGUUUGGACAAAUGAACCAAUCUAUGUAUUCGAUCGUGAGAGUCGUUCCCUUCGACUGCCAGCUUACAUGCGUAACAGUCUUUGCCUACAAAUGCAUGGAAAGAAGUCAAUUGUUAUGAAUAGACCGCCUGUAGUCAGUACAUAAACUUCAACCCACGUAUUUUCGAGUUGUUGUUGUGUUGUUGUUGAUGUUGUUUUUUUUAAAUUUUUUAUAUUUUUUGUAAUUUUCCACUAAGUGAGUGAGUGAAUGGAUGAUGCUUGUUCAAAUACUUUUUAAACAGCUUAUUUUUUAUCUUUGUUUAUUUAUUUAUUGCCUAACAAAAACAAACUUUUUUUAAUUAUUCACCUAAUGAAAAUGUAACAAACAACACAAUUCAGAUUCAAAAUUUAUGUUCAUUGUUAAAUUUUCUCCGCCUCCAAAAAAAUACGCACACACACACACACACACUUACACACACGCACACAUGCAUUCAUACAUACAUACACGAGUUUACUUACCUGAGCUUAACUCCAUCAAAUGAGACUCCAAGUUAACUCUUUUUGAUUUCUCGAAUAAAUCUGUAUAUACCCAUGCUCAUAAAGAUAUAUCUUAUAUAAAUCCAUAUUUAUUGUCCAAAAUCAGUCCGUAUUUACAUACAAAUAUGCAGUCCGUGAUCAAUAAACACUGGUGCAUAUAUAUAUCUACAUAUAGACCCCUGCACAUGCAUCAUACAUUGUGAACAAGAUUCCCGGUUGCACAAUCGUCAGUUGUUCUUGUUUUUUUUCUAUUGUUGUGUUGUCUUUCUCUGCUCAUCACUUUCUAUCCAAUCUGUUGUUUUUGUUUUUGUUUUUUUACCAUGAAUAAUGUGCUGUGAAUGUUCUCCUUUUCUAAAUACCACGACUUAUAAUAAUAAUGAUAAGAUAUGAUGUGGGGAAUAAAAUUACCUAAUGCA